UUACAUGAUGCAGCCUGGGGUGGUAACAUUAAUAUGCUAGAGUUCCUCAUAGAAAAAGGCUUAGAUAUCAAUAGCACAAAUAAGAACGGAAAGACUGUAUUACAUCAAUGUUGUGUGAAAGGCAAUUUAUAUACGUGCAAGUACUUGGUCAGAACUUAUCCUUACUUACUGAAUGUCGUUGAUAAUAAUGGUAACAAUGCCUUGCAUUCUGCAGCAUGUCGUGGUGAUAUUGAUUUGUUUGUGUUUUUAUCAGAGAAAGGCUUAGAUAUUGAUAGCACCAGAAAUGACGGGAAAAAUGUGCUACAUAUAUGUUGCAUGAAUGGUAUGAUAGACAUGUGUAAGUACUUGGUCAAUACUUAUCCCCAUUUACUUGUUGUCAAAGACAAAGAUGGUCACAAUGUCUUACAUGAUGUAGCCUGGAGUGGUAACAUUGAUCUGCUUAAAUUCCUCUUAGAUAAACUAGAUAUCAAUAGUGCAAGAAAUGACGGGAAAACUGUGCUUCAUCUCAGUUGCCGGAAUAAUAAGAUAGACAUGUGCAAGUACUUGAUCAAUACAUAUCCUCAAUUACUUGAUGUCACUGACAAGCCUGGCCAAACUGCUUUACAUGAUGCGGCCUUUGGUGGUAACAUUGAUCUUCUUAAAUUCCUGUUAAAGAAAGGGUUAGAUAUCACAAGAACAAUAUAUGACGGGAAAACUGUGCUACAUCUGUGUUGUAGGAAAGGUAAAAUAGACCUUUGCGAAUGUUUGGUCAAGACAUACUCUCAGUUACCUUAUGCUAAAGACAAUAAUGGUCACAGUGCCUUACAUGAUGCAGCCUUGGGUGGUAACGUUGAUCUGAUUAGGUUCCUGUUAGAGAGAGGAUUAGAUAUCAAUAGCACAAGAAAUGACGGGAAAACUGUUCUGCAUCUGUGCUGUAUGAACAGUAUGACAGAUAUGUGUAAGUACUUGGUUAAAAUGUAUCCUCUGUUACUUGACGUCUCUGACAAUGACGGUGAGAAUGUCUUACAUGAUGCAGCCUGGGGUGGUGACAUUGAUAUACUUAAGUUUCUCUUAGGAAAAGGUUUAGAUAUCAAUAGUACAAGAAAUGACGGGAAAAUUGUGUUACAUCAAUGUUGUCUGAACGGUAAGAUAGAUAUGUGUAAGUACCUGGUCGAUGCUUAUCCUAAUUUACUCGAUAUCACUGAUGAUAGUGGAAACAAUGCCUUGCAUGCUGCGGCCUGGUUUGGUAACAUUGAUCUGUUUUUAACUUCCUGUUAGAGAAAGGCUUAGAUAUCAAUAGCACAAGAAAUGACGGGAAAAAUGUGUUACAACUGUCUUAUAUUAACAGUAAGAUAGAGUUGUGCAAGUACUUGGUCAACACGUAUCCCAUCUUAGUAGGAAUAGAAGACAAUGGUGGCUAGAAAGUAUUUCUUGAUGCAACGUUUAGAGAUCACAACGACAUCAUCAAUUAAUG